GGUAUAUUUGUUGAUUCAACAAAAGAUAGCAAAAUGAAGUUGUUUUUAUAUGUGUUCGGUUUGGUUUUGUUCGAAAAAUCGUUUGGAAUUCAAGUUAUUGAUAUUGCAAGUCGUUAUACAGAUGGACCACAAGGUCCAGCUCUGAUGAAUUUUGAGCCUCGAUACAGUCUUCCAUAUGGUUACGCCGAUGUUUUCAUUGGUCCACCCGCUGGCACCAAUUCUAUUGCAUUGAACCAGGGAAUUUUUCGUGCUCAUGGUUUCAUUCCUCGUCGAAAUAAUAAUAACUAUGAUGGGCAAUAUAUUGCUAUAAAUCGUGGUGCAAUACAUGUAGCGCCGUUGAUGGGGUAUUUGCGAUCAGUGAAAUCGGCAAAUCUCGAACCAGCUCCAGCGACUACGUGUAAUCAAUUAAGAUUUUAA